GUCGGAAUAAGACGUUGCGAAUCUCAUACGACGUCGUCAAAGAUAAGGCAGAUAGGUCAACGGGGGUUACAUAACAACUGCAAAGCGGCUAGAUUUAACAUCGCAGUUUUAGGUUUACUGUUCAGUUCACAAGUCUUCAAGUAUGAUUCGUACAUUAACUUUUGUCUUGUUGAUCGUCUGUGUUAUCGAUGUAAGCUAUGGAGCUGUAUCAUUAAAACCGUACAACGAGACGGCAAGUGGAAUGUUUGCUGCCACCGACUAUGAUAGUGAUGGUGUGAUAACGAGGGUAGAAAUUGAAGCUAGCUUCGAUAAAUAUGAUGCUAACGGUGAUGGCAAAGAAUCCCGCCACGAGUAUACAGAGUUCGUCUGCGCCACAUCUCCAAUUCUCUAUCAACUGUCACACUAUCUGUAUGAUGAAUAUGAUUCAGACGGUGAUCAUCAUCUAGAGAAACAUGAUUAUGAUGCUCUCUUUGACAAGAUGGAUACAGAUAAGGACGGCAGUGUGACAGAAGAUGAAUUUAUCAGCUAUUGGGAAGUGGUAUUCCCAAAGUACGAGACCGUUGGACAGCACGGACAAUCACACCUACACGGACAUUCCGCUUGCCAUUAAAUCUAUUGCUUAUCAACUAAAGCUCUACAUUGAAGAAUGUCAAAUAAAUAUUUAGAAA